AAAUAUCCAGAUAUCUCUACGGAAAGGCUGCCGGUCAGAAAGAUCCAAUACUUUGUGACAUGGUUGCAUCAGCAGACUACACGCAAGGAUUGUGGAUCAAUAAUUGCGCCGAGAAGUCGAUACUUUCGCACGGUAGCCUGCAUAAGUACACAUACACACAAUCUGCGAUCGAGGAAUUCGGGUCGGCUGGCGGUACGGCGAAAUCGAAAUCAUGCGAUGAGAAAUUGGAUCGAGUGAAUACCGUACAGUUCUACUGGCAGCCAAACACGUGUGCGUUGCAACCGUUCGAGGAGAAGCAAAUGAGACAGAUACUAAAGGAUCACAGGAUACUGAUGGUAGGUGAUUCGUUGAUGGGACAGAUGUGGGAGUCGAUGCAGCUGUUGAGUGGUAUGGACGUGCCGUACCAUAAGUCUUAUAUGCUUGUCAACCACAAAACGCUGUUUCCCAUGGACCAUUCAGACGUGAUGGAGUGCCGUAGACUGCGGGAGUGGGUUAUUUCCGAUGGUGCUGAUUCUGAUGAAAUCUCAGCAACGCGUUAUGCCUGGAUGAAUGCAACGGAAGGUCAGCUCUGGGAAGAUAUAUGCCCCACAUUUACGAGCAAGCAAUAUCAUCGAGAGACAUCGACAUUAGACUGGACCUAUAAACUGGCAGACACCGAUGUACUGGUUUUGGCCACCGGUCACCACUUUCAAAAGGAGGAUCGCACGCUCUCGAAAGCUUUCCCGCAGAUGAUUAAAAAUCUAAUUAAAUACUUGAGAAGGAUAAAAUACACCGGCAAAAUCAUAGUUUCAACAGCUCCACCGGGACACGAAAAUUGUGACGAAUAUAGGGUGCCAAUUUCUAAAACACCAGCCCCAGUCCCCACAGAGUAUCAUUGGGAGGGCAUAACAGCCGUAGAGUUUUUGUGGAACGAGACUUUCCACAAGUCGUCAUUGAGGGACAAUUUCUACAUACUCAAUGUCACCUUCUCGGAUCUUCGGCCGGAUGCGCACUUCAGUCAAGGCGAUUGUCUGCACUACUGUUCGGCGGGUGUGCCUGACAGUUGGGUGCAUGCGCUUUAUAAUUUACUUUUACAAGUGCUGUACUAGUAAUGAUUAAAGGCAAAUUUUGCGAGCUUGAUUCUAGAGUGUAGACCCUCGGGGCUAUGAUAUUCAACAGGUAGUAUAUUCAUUUAUUUGUUAUCAUCCUACAUGUGUCCUCAAACUUCAAAGCUAUUUUCAGAGACAACAUGCAGUGAUUCGUG